GCCGCCGCCGUCGCCAUGGCCGCGCCGGCCCCGGGCCUCAUCUCGGUCUUCUCGAGCCCGCAGGAGCUGGGCGCGUCGCUAGCGCAACUGGUGGCGCAGCGGGCGGCGUGCUGCCUGGCGGGGGCUCGCGCCCGCUUCGCGCUCGGCCUGUCGGGCGGCAGCCUCGUCUCCAUGCUGGCUCGUGAGCUGCCCGCCGCCGCCGCCCCCGCCGGCCCCGCCGGCCUCGCACGCUGGACCGUGGGCUUCUGCGACGAGCGCCUCGUGCCCUUCGAGCACGCCGAGAGCACGUACGGUCUCUACCGGACCCACUUGCUCUCCAGGCUGCCCAUUCCUGACAGCCAGGUGAUCACCAUUAACCCCCAGCUACCUGUGGAGGAGGCAGCCGAGGACUAUGCCAAGAAGCUGAGACAGGCCUUCCAAGGGGACUCUAUUCCAGUUUUUGACCUGCUAAUUCUCGGGGUGGGUCCUGAUGGCCACACCUGCUCACUCUUCCCAGACCACCCCCUCCUGCAGGAACGGGAGAAGAUUGUUGCCCCCAUCAGUGAUUCCCCAAAGCCACCACCACAGCGCGUGACCCUCACACUUCCUGUGCUGAAUGCGGCCCGAACUGUCAUCUUUGUGGCAACUGGAGAAGGCAAGGCUGCUGUCCUGAAGCGGAUUUUGGAGGACAAGGAGGAGAACCCCCUCCCCGCCGCCCUGGUCCAGCCCCACACAGGGAAACUUUGCUGGUUCCUGGACGAGGCAGCUGCCCGACUCCUGACUGUGCCCUUUGAGAAGCAUUCCACGUUGUAGCUGGCCCCAAGGGACACCGCAGCGGGGACCACAAAAAGCCCUUGUGGGCAGGGACCUUCCUGGGCGGGAUCCCACUGCCAUCACCACUCCAGGCUUCAUUUUCAGGAAGCUACGUGGUGCUGCUGGAAGGUCACAGGAUCCAGCCGUCAGCCCUGCCCUGGGGUGCUCAGCCCACCAGCCGUGGCUCGGGGUGACCAGAUAUUAAAUGGAGCAUUUGCUUGAAGUCUC